AUGACACCAGAAUUAAAGAAUGAUUUAUAUUCAUUGGGAUUAAAGGAUUUAGGUUUAGAAGAACAACAAUCACAGCAGUCUCAACAGUCUCAGUCACAACAACAAGAUCAAUCAACUUCAUCUUCUAUAACUACAACAACAACAAAUCAAAAGAGUAUAGGUGAAGUUGCAAGUGAUAAUACAACAACCAUGUCGACAACAUCAACCACCAUGUCAAGGGAACUGACAUUUAUGAAUGAAGAUACAACCUCAACCACUGCAACUGCAUCAUCUUCAGCAACAUCAACAAUCGGACCAAAUAUAUUCUCAGACGAUGUGUUUGGUUUGAAUGAUGAUAUUGCCAAUACUGUUAUGAACACUACCAUUUCAUUUGCUGAUUAUGACCAAGACUAUGUUCAAUCGAUUCUUGCAUUUGGAUUUGAAGAGUAUAAAGUAUUGGCCGGUCUUAAAAAGUUUCCAAGUACCUAUCAACAAGAAAAGUUAAUUGAUUGGAUUUUAACUGCAAAUGAAGAAGAUUUUAUUAUUGACCAAAAUCAACAUAAUAAUCAAAAUAAUAAUAAUUCUUAUAAUAAUAAUAAUGAUGUUGAUAAUGAUUAUAAUAUGAAUGAAAUAUCAACAUAUCCACCAACACCAACCUAUGCAACUUCGGAAGAAUAUUUUGGAGCAUUUUCAAACACUGGAUUUCAAAAUGACAAUGAUAAUAAUCAAAACAAAGCAAUUGUAUUAUACAAUUCAGAACAACAACAAAAUAUUUUUACAAUGCCACAAGAUAAUAAUCAAAAUAAUCAAAAUAAUGAAGGUAACAAUAAUAAUAAUCAAAAUAAUAAUGAAACAACAUCUACUACUGCAACUGUAUCAAAUAAUAAUAAUAAUAAUCAAACAAAACAAAAGAAAAAAGGUAGAAUUAUUGCAUAUGAAUUACAAAGAUUAUUUUCAAUGUUACAAAAAGGUGAUGUAUCAUCGAUUAGUACUGAAAACCUAACAAGAAGUUUUGGAUGGGAUAGUGGACAAGUCGUACAACAACAAGAUAUUCAUGAAUUGAAUCGUAUUCUUUUCGAUGCAGUCGAACAUUCUCUCAAAGGUACUACUAUUCAAGAUUUAAUUGUAAAUUUAUAUCGUGGUGUCCUAAUUAAUAGAAUUGAAUGUACAAAUUGUGGUAAAAUUAAAGAUAGAGAAGAAUUUUUCCAAGAUGUACCAGUUGCAAUUAAAGGUUUUAAAACAUUGGAAGAAAGUUUUAAAUCUUUUGUUACACCAGAGGUUUUGGAUGGUGAUAACAAAUAUUUUUGUGAUAGUUGUAAUGAACGAGUUAAAGCUACUAUCGGUGUAAAAAUGGGUAAAUUACCACCAGUAUUAACAAUUCCACUUCGUAGAUUUGAUUUUGAUAUGAAAAGAGGAUCAAGAGUAAAAAUUACAUCAAAGUUUAAAUUCCCAAAUACUAUAAAUAUGACAAAAUAUACAGCUGAAUGGUCAACCUAUGAAAAGGAUUUAGAGAAUGGUUUGAAACCAGUUAAACCAAAAGAUCAAUAUUAUGAAUUAUUUGCUGUUUUAAUUCAUUCAGGUGGUGCUUAUGGUGGACAUUAUCAUUCCUAUAUUAAAGAUGUAUCAAAUCAAGUUAAUAUUCCACAAGAUGAACAAAAGGAUCAAAAGGAAAAUGAAGAAGAACAAGCAAAAGAUCAAAAAGAUGUAAAUAAUAAUAAUAAUAAUAAUAAUAAUAAUAAUGAAAGUCAAGAUAAAUUGGAAGAACAAGAAGAAGGAGAAGAGGGAGAAGAAGAAAAAGAAUCUUCUUCUGUUUCAUCAUCAAAGAAACCAAUUUAUAGUGGAUGGUUUGAUUUCAAUGAUAGUUCAGUUACGAUUAUUCCAGAUUCAUCAAUUGAAAAACAAUUUGGUAAUAAGCAUGAAUCAGCUUAUAUGCUUGUUUAUAGAUCAAAAGAAUUAGGUGAAAAUUUAAAAAAUGAUGAUAUACCAAAUCAUUUGAAAAAGGAAAUUGAAGCAUUUAAUUUAACUUUGGAGGAUCAAAGAAUGAAAUAUGAAACAUCGGUCAAUACAUUGUUUGUUUAUCCUAAAUUUAUUGGUCAUGAUUACAAGGUUGUAGAUGGUCAAUUGGUAGAGAUAAAGGAAGCCGAAAAGGUAAAGAUUAGACAAGACCAAGGAAGAGAUGAUGAGGAGGAACAGUUAAAGUUGGAUAUUGGUACAAGUGUUCAGGAAUUGUAUCGAUUGGUUCGUGAAAACUAUGCAGACCGGUUCAGUCAAACUGAUGUGUUGGUCAUUCAAGAGAUUCAAUCGACUAGAGACGGUCGUGUGCAAUUGGCUACUCCACUGUCAUCAGUAUCGUCACUAGGCAUUAAAAAAGCUGGACUUCGUGAAGGAGAAAGACUGUUGAUUUGGAAUGGCACCAAAGUGCAUGGUGUUCAUACUCCCCCCAUUAGAUUCUGCGCCAAGAUGUAUAUCAAGGAUAGUACGACGAAUCAAGUUAAUGUAGAGGAACGGUACUUGUCAAUUGAACGAGAAUCAACCUUUGCCAAUGUACAACAACUACUGUCUAAAGAAUCAGGUAUUCCUCUAGACAAACUAGUUGUCUAUAACCUAGUCAAUUCUAACCUCGUACCGAUGGAAGAUGAUAUGCCAAAUGUACCUCUUGGUGACCGUAUUUUCAGUGGUACAGAACUCUAUGUUGAAGAGCGUACACCUAAUAGCUCGUUGGGUGAAAUGGGCACCAUUUCAAAGUCAGUCGGACAAAGCAUGUUGAUGCAAGAGUUUGAGAGACAUCGUGACAAGGUCCACAUCUUUGUGACUGAUCGUAUCGACUAUAACGACAAUCUUGCCUAUGGUGCACCUCCACCACCCCACAAACUCUUUGUUGACACUGGAUCGACCAUCUACCAACUCAAAGAGAUGAUCCUCGACAUUGUCCGUCCCAACCUAUCAACCCAACAAAAACAAGAGUUUGUCACUCAAACCAUCAUCCGAAAGACACAAGUUGGUGGCUCCCCAGGCACCAUCAUCUCUGACGACACCUUUAGUCUGCAACAUGUCGGUCUUUCAGGUGGUUCACUCAUCAUUAUCGAACGUGGUACUGUCACUACCCCAACCAUCACCCUUAACAUCAUGCAUGAAGAUCUUGGUAAACAUUCAAUUAAUUAUUCUAAAAAGAAUACUAUUCUUUCUUUGAAAAAAUAUUUAUUAAGAUUUUUAGGAUUAAAUAUAAGUGAAAAUGAAUCAAAUUAUAUAUUAAAGACGUCAGAUGUAUUUGAUCAACCAGAUGUGAUUCUAGUGGAUGAAGAUAGAACGUUAGAGGAAGGAGCCAUUCGAAAUGAAGAUACAUUGUUUUUAGAACGAGGUAUCUUGCCAUCAAAGGAUCAGAUAUUGCUAAAGUUUAGUGUGUAUCGAUUCAACAAUGGUACGACGACGUUUACAAGAUUCUCUCUACCAGCUUCGCCUGCACUCCAUCUCAACCCACAAUUCAUCCCACAAACAGCCGAUCUCUACACUGUGUCGCCUAUUGGUGACUUUCCAGUAGACAAAAAGACAUUGGUUUCACAGUUGAAACAAUUGGUCUUGGAAUGGGGUGCAUUCCGUGAACUAUUAUCAAAAGAGGAUGUGGAAAAGUUGGAUGCCAAAGAAAUGGAUAUUAGAUUGUGGAAUGAUGAAAAACUACUCACAUCGUUUACAGGAAUGAGCAAGUCUCUUGCAAAACUACAUGUUCAACAAGAAGCAAAUAUCAUUAUUGAAUUUAAUGAUGAUAAACAAAUUAUGCAACAAGAACAAGAACUACAGAAACAUCAUAAAUCAAGUGGCCGAGACGAUCAAGAGGAAUCACGUCCUCAAAAAGUGGUAAUUGUAAAGGAUAAAAAGAAAAGUUUAAUUAUCCCCAAACAGAAAAAGGUUGAUCAGUCAAAAACACCUCCACCCAUUCUAUUGUACAUUCACAAGAGAUUACCAGAAUCCCAAAGUUUCGAGUAUCCUCCAACCCAAGCCUAUUUCACCGGCAAGGAUAUUAAUGAUUUGAAACAAUUCAUCUCUGAAACCACUAAAAUAGAACCACAAUACUUGAAAAUAUUCAAAUAUGUCACACAUCAAAGAAUCAAUCCUUGGAGAAUCAUUGAAGCAAGAAGAAAAAAACAAUCUAAAAAACAAUUUAUCAAACAUCAAAAGGAAAAGUCAAAAGAAAAAGAAAAGGAAAAAGAUUCAACAACUACAACUGUUUCAAUUUCAAAAGAUUUAAUUAUUGAUAUAAUUAAUAAUAAUAAUAAUAAUAAUAAUAAUAGUCAAGUUCCAGAUACAACCAAUUUAGAAGAAUUCUUAUCAGAUGAUGAAAUGAUAGAAGAUGAUAUUGAAUCAAGUCAAGUUGAUGGUGAAACUUCUCCAGAAGUUAUAGAUGUCGAUUUAGAUGUAGAAGUAUCUCAAGAUACCAACAACAACAAUAAUAAUAGUAAUAUUCCAAGACCACCACCUCCACCACCAAAACAAAAGAAACUUGCAGCUAUUCAACACAACCCCAAUGAAUUGCGAGGUAAACCAUGGUUAUUUAGAGAUGGUGAUAUGAUUGCAUAUAUCGAUACAAGAGAUGAUCCAGAGGACAAUGACAAGUUUGCUUUAGCAAUGGACCUCACCACAUCGUUUAGUAGUAAAUAUUCAUUCUCUGGAACAGGUCAUCGUGAACAGGUUGUAAAAUAUCGUGCACCAGAAGUUGAAUUAAAGAUUCAACUCGAUGAUUAUUAA